CUUCCUCAGAAUAUUCCUUUUUCUAAUCUCUUUCUCUCUCUCCAGACGAUUGUUUCUUCAUUUCUCUCUCUUCUUUCUCUGUUGUUAUAUAUACAAGUUUUGUUGUAUACAAACUUCGUUGUGAAGCUAUGUCGAUUGCGUUAGAGAGGAAUAAUACAGCAGAUCGUCAGAUCGAACGGCCCGGAUUCGUGCACGGAAUGGCGUUUAUUCCAAUCUAUAAGUCGGUAGAUCUUAGGGUUCAGGCAAAGCAGGAAAAUGAGGAUGAUCGGACCUCUUCCUCGUCUUCUUCUUCUUCGAUUGGUAGGAAUAGUGAUGACUCGCCGGCGGCGGGAGAUGCUUCGUCGGACGGCGACGGCGACGGCGACGGCGACGGCGACGGCGAGGAGGUUCAGAGUCCUUUCAAACCUGCUGGUGCUUUGGAUAAUUUGGAGGCUUUAGAGGAGGUUUUGCCAAUAAAGAGGGGCAUAUCAAAUUUUUACGCUGGAAAAUCAAAAUCAUUUACUAGCCUAGCAGAUGCAGCAUCAUGUUCCUCGCUUAAAGAUAUGGUUAAGCCAGAGAAUGCAUUCACUAGGAAACGCAAGAACUUGCUUGCUCACAACAAUUUCUUUGACAAGAAUCGGAAUCACUUCCCAAGAAAUUAUAGUGGUGGGUUAUACAAGAGACCGAUAAACUCUAGAAGCUCAUUAGCUCUUGGUGCAACCUCAAGCUGCUCUGAGAGCAAUAACAGCUCUGAGUCAUUGAACUCAAAUCCAUCAUCACCUCAUUUUUCUCUUCCUCCUUUGCCUCCGCAAUCAAGAAGAUAUAGCAAUGAGUCAUCAUCAUCACCUCCUGAACAGAAGUUUAGUGCAUGGAGGUCUUUCUCCUUAUCGGAUCUGCAAGGGGCUGCUGCUUCAACUCCCAGUCUCACGGGCAUAAAGUAAUAGAGAAGAUAUCUUGACAAUAACUUAUUUUUGUUGUCACCCUAUGAGCCUAACUUCAUAUAGGUUUCAAUGGAGGUUGGCUUAUUUUAGCAGUUAUAGGCUUCAGUCUCGCACCCUGCCUCUGUAAUUAUUGAUCAAGGCAUACCAAAUCUUGGCAUCUUAAGAAUGUAAUUGCUCCUGCUCACUUUUAACCUCUUUAUCCUGUUGUAUAUUUCAAUGUGUUGUUUGCCUAAUUUAGGGAUUUUAUAUGUU